GACUCCAUCUCUAAAACAACAACAACAAAAGAGUUCAUCUUUUAUACAUUUUCAUGAAUAAUUACUAAACCUUUGAAGUAAAAGAAGAUGUUGCAAAUGAGUCUGCAAAAGCACCAGACAAGGGUUCCCUCUGUGGUUUCAUGUGCCUUGGAUGAAUAUUAAUUGUUGCAGGAGUGAGUCAGGGUGCAGCAUCAGUUCUGCACUGGUUUUAAAGACUCAAGUGCUGAGAAUCUUCCUUCAUAAAGAAGCAGCUAGGCAAGGAAGGAGUUUUUGUUCCAGCAACACCACUCACCUCUUGAGCUCCCACCAAGUGUACCACUGGGUGGAGAUGCGGACCAAGAUGCGCAUCAUGGGCUUCCGAGGCACGGUCAUCAAGCCGCUGAACGAGGAGGCGGCAGCCGAGCUGGGCGCGGAGCUGCUGGGCGAAGCCACCAUCUUCAUCGUGGGCGGCGGCUGCCUGGUGCUGGAGUACUGGCGCCACCAGGCGCAGCAGCGCCACAAGGAGGAAGAGCAGCGCGCCGCCUGGAACGCGCUGCGGGACGAGGUGGGCCACCUGGCGCUGGCGCUGGAAGCGCUGCAGGCGCAGGUGCAGGCGGCGCCGCCACAGGGCGCCCUAGAGGAACUGCGCACAGAGCUGCAAGAGGUGCGCGCCCAGCUCUGCAACCCCGGCCGGUCCGCGUCCCAGGCAGUGUCUGCGUCCAAGAAAUAGGAGCUUGCUGGACCCUGAAUUUGGACAUGGCCUGUGUACCUAACGUGGCCUUCUUCCCACGCCACCCCUGCCUGUGCUGGCCCAGUGGAAACCACCAGGAUCUUGGUGCAACUUGGCAUUUGGUUACCCCUGCUGAUAAGAGCAGCAGUUACCUGCCACUGGGACCAGCAGGUGAAGUGUUGCAACAUAGCCCUCUCCAUCAUCCUUCACCCCCUAGCCCCGACUCCAAACCAGGACGACCUGCAAAGUCCCAGCCAGCAGGACACCGCGGGCACUCUGGCAAAUGAAAAAAACGGAACCUGGUCUUGAGCUGAAUCAAUGUGUUAUUGUUACCGCUCCCCCCCACCCCACCCCGGUUUACCUGAUCAGUGUUAACCUUUACCGGGACACUCAUCUGUUACACUGGAACACCCUCUUCUCUUUGUCAAUGGGUACAGACCUCUGUAAGGAAA